AUGAUUACCUUGAGGCUAAAAAUUUGGAACAGAGCUUGCUAACAUCAGCCGAAUUACCAUCUAGCGACGCAACGAUUCCAAUGCUACGAUGGGGGAAGCGAAAAAUCACUGUAAAAACCUUUCCCGACUGUGAGUCCCCGCCAACCGCAACGCGGGGUACUGUUGAAGUCGUGAACUUGGAUUUAUCACCUCCACCACCGAAGCUGUAUUUGGAGGAGGAAUUAAACGACGGUUCUGAUAAAGAAAAUGGAUACCUAUCAGCCUAUCCCCAUACAUCCAGUCCGAUUCACCAAGACGUUGCUCAGCCUUUACCUGUUUGCGGAACAUCCUGUGACAGCGCACUGCUGUUGGAAAUGAAUGCCACAUUGCGGAACGUAAAUCGCGAAGUGAUGAAACUGCGCGAACGAAUGACUGCUGUUGAGUUGUCCUUGAACGCGCUGCAUGCACUUCAGGCGCCAAGUUCCAGCAACGCGUGUCCAUUUCCAUUACCAAUGGACACAAUAGCGCAACUGUCAUUUUUAAAUAAUGCACUGGAGAACGCUGAGUUCAUGAACAGCAUGGUGCACUAUUUAUCCAACGUAAGCGGCCGGACAACCUCAGAAAGUGUGCGGAACGUCAUGCUUACUUGCAUGACUAACAACUUGGUCAGACAUGUGAACUGGCGUGGUGUGCAUGAGAAGUAUAAAAUAGCGAACACACCAUUCGCGCGAGCGGUCCUUG